UUCCUUUGGGUAGAAAUCCUCCAGAUAUACAAGGGUUAGAAGUGGAACACUGGGCAAACUCGACCAAAACGAUCUUAACCUGGAAUAAAAAUGCAAUCAACGCGUCACACGUGGACAUUGAAAUAUCUCUUUUUGAUACCUUUGAGUUCCGUAUUCAUGAAGCUAGUUUAGUAAGCUUUAAACAUGUCCCUAAUUCUGGGAACUACCAUCUUGAUUUCAGCGAGGAAAAUAUUUUAUCAAAUACAAC